AUGAAGCGUAUUUCAAUAAAAAAACUAAUACUUGAGCACCCUCAAAAAGUUCUUAUCCUUGAUGGUGGACAGGGUACAGAAUUGGAAAACAGAGGCAUUAACAUAAAUAGCCCAGUAUGGUCUGCGGCUCCUUUUACAAGCGACUCCUUUUGGCAACAAUCCUCCCACGAGCGAAAGGUAGUGGAGGAAAUGUAUAAAGACUUUAUGGAUGCUGGAGCAAACGUACUAAUGACAAUUACGUAUCAAGCAAAUUUUAAAAGCAUAUCUGAGAAUACUUCAAUCAAAACUCUGGAUGCUUACAAGCAUUUUCUCGAUAAGAUCGUGUCAUUUACUCGUGAGUUUAUUGGAGAGGACAGAUACUUAAUCGGAAGUAUCGGCCCAUGGGCAGCACAUGUAUCCUGUGAAUAUACUGGCGACUAUGGUCCUCAUCCUGAAAAUAUUGAUUAUUAUAGCUUUUUCAAACCUCAGUUGAAUAACUUCAAUGAAAAUAAAGAUAUUGAUCUUAUUGGUUUUGAAACAGUCCCAAAUUUUCAUGAGCUAAAGGCCAUCCUAUCUUGGGGCGAGGAUCUUAUUUCGAAGCCGUUUUAUAUUGGGUUGUCAGUGGAUGAUAGUGGUUUACUACGAGAUGGUACCCCUUUGAAAGAAAUUUCUGCCCAUAUAAAAGGUCUCGGAAGCGAAAUCAACAAAAAUCUCUUAUUAAUGGGAGUUAACUGCGUCAGUUUCAACCAAUCGGCAUUGAUUCUUGAAACGUUGCAUGUUAAUUUACCUGGUAUGCCUCUGCUUAUUUACCCAAAUAGUGGAGAAAUAUACGAUCCCAAAGAAAAGACAUGGCACCGGCCAACUGAUAAACUGGAUAGUUGGGACAUUAUAGUAAAGAAAUAUGUCGAUAACGGUGCGCGCAUUAUUGGCGGUUGUUGUAGAACGUCUCCUAAAGAUAUUGCCGAGAUUGCAUCAGCUGUGGAUAAAUACUGA